AUGUUCAAAAAGAAAAGAAAUAGGAAAACAAAAAAAUUCACACAACCUCUGCUAUAUAAACAUAAAGCCACAUAUUUUACACCCAUCAGUUUUCUUCAUCGACUUAGAACUCUCAAAUUCUUUGGUGAUCUUUUUGGCUAUAAAAUUAGAAAGGAAAAACUCUCUAAUUCUUCACUUCAUACAUACAUCAAGCGGCCAAAGUCUAAACAGAGAAAGAAAAGUCAGUGGGUCAGAAAAGAUUCUUGGGUUGGGAGGAUCAUCAUAUUUGGAGUGAUCAUGUUUACCAUUUCUAAGGGAUUUGCUGUUAUAUCUGCAACUAAGAACCUCCAACUACCGUUCAUAGAAGACAUUUGCAUCAGGGCGCACAAGAUUUUUGGAAUGGGUGGUUUCGGAAAAUCAGAUCCUCUGCAGUCCAACAUGCCUCUAUUGAACCAGCUCAUGAUAAGGGAGUACAAGAAACUCAAGAGACAUGCUUUGAGACUCAACCUUCAUAUACCCAAGGAUUAAGUGCUGGGAAAAAAAAAGGCAGAGGGAAGGCCAAGGGAGGAAAAGGAAAGGGUAUGUUGAUUGAAAUAUAUAAGGGAAGGUAAACAUUUACACUACUUAUUGCUAUUACCAAUAGUUAUUCUAGUUAUUUCUUAGACUUCGACAAGUGUAGCUUAAUUAAUCAUCACUUAUUAGUUUUAGGGUUUAGGGUUUAUUUAUGAAACAUGUGUUUAUAAUUUCACUAUAGGAAACAAUAGAAAACAAAAAGGCUGUUGUUGAACAGGAAAACCUUGAUGUCAAUGAUUGGGAUAUAUAUAAGGAGGUGAUUGCCCCUAGUCAUGGUCGUCUUCUUGGUUUAGGCGGUGGCGUCAAAGCUAAAGAUGUAUACUACGCCUCAACUAACCAAAACUGUAAUAAGCGUAGGUGCGUGGAAUUGGAAGAAAAUCAUGGGCAUUUGAAAGAGGAAUUGAAUGAUGUCAAAGGUCAAUUGAGCACUUUGCAACAACAAGUUCAAAUGCUGAUUAACAAUAACCCACAAAAUUCUGCUCACUGUGCAAGGCAAUCACCUAAUGCGGACAAUGUUGCAAGUUGUUCUGAUGCUUAUCUUAGUGACAAUGUCGUGGAGCAGCCCAACUAGUUCUUUUAUCAUCUCCCAAAUACAUUUUAUUUAGUAAUGUCAGACUUAGAAAUUAUAUUCAAAUUUAAGAAGUUGGAGACAUA